ACACCUCUAAUUGGUCAAAGCAGUUGUCCCUCAGCUCAUGUGCAUAUUCCCUUUGGAGGCUGUUUUACUGCCGGUCGGAGCAGUGGUGGAGACGGAUUUAGGAGGCUCUUUUUUGUAGUAAAGUACUUUCAUAAAGUGGGAAAUCUUCAAAAUGGGAACCCGAGACGACGAAUACGACUAUCUUUUCAAAGUGGUGCUGAUCGGAGACUCUGGUGUGGGGAAGAGUAACCUGCUAUCCCGUUUCACACGGAAUGAGUUCAACCUGGAGAGCAAAAGCACCAUCGGUGUGGAGUUUGCCACCCGCAGCAUCCAGGUGGAUGGCAAGACAAUAAAGGCCCAGAUCUGGGAUACAGCUGGACAGGAGCGUUACAGAGCCAUCACUUCAGCGUACUACCGGGGGGCAGUGGGGGCUCUCCUAGUGUAUGACAUCGCCAAGCAUCUCACCUAUGAAAAUGUGGAGCGCUGGCUGAAGGAGCUCCGGGAUCAUGCUGAUAACAACAUCGUUAUCAUGCUGGUGGGCAACAAGAGUGACCUGCGCCACCUCAGGGCAGUGCCCACAGAUGAGGCUUGUGCUUUUGCAGAGAAGAAUACGCUAUCAUUUAUUGAAACAUCAGCUUUGGAUUCCACUAAUGUGGAAGAGGCAUUCAAGAACAUCCUCACAGAAAUCCAUCGUAUACAAAAGCAGAUAGCUGACAGAUCAGCACAUGACGAGUCUCCAGGCAACAAUGUAGUGGACAUCAGUGUCCCCCCCACCACCGAUGGGCAAAAAAACAAACUACCGUGCUGUCAAAGCCUGUGACCCUCAAUACCACCGUCCCACAUCCACUCCUCACUCUCUUCAUCUGCUUUUCUCCUGGGUGUUGUGCUGUUGCUGUCUCUUCCUCCAUGUGUUUUAGAAGUCUCCUAGAAACCUUGACUUUCUAGAUAACAUUCCUUUUUCACUUUUCUCAUGUUUGUCUGUAUGCUAUCCUCUAACCUCGACUUGUCUUUUACUAAGUGAUAGGAUUUUUUUUUUUUUU